AUGCGGUUUCGAGCGAAGAUUGUGGACAUCAAUUGCAUCCAACAUUUCACGCGUAAGUAGUUUGACUUUUUCUUUAAUGUUUGUUCGGGUAAAACUAACUUCGGGAGUACAAAUUAGUAAGCUUACUGCGUAUAAAGACAAGAUUUUCUACUCUCGCAAAUCCCCAUAAAAAAGUAAAGUAUAACAUUAAUAAGGAAUGUUUUUUUCUGCCAAUAAUGCAUCAGAAUGCAUGAGAUUUUUAGACUUUCAACUGAAUGAUUUCCGAAUGUCAGAUAUUAUUUGAACUGUGGGACCGGGUGAAGAAAUGAAAGCAGAGAGGAUUGUCACUCUAGUUAUAUUAGGGGUCAUCGACAUAUUCACCUGGGUAAAAUUCCAACAAGUGACAAGGCCUUGAAACAGCAACAUAAAACCAGAUGAAAUGGCCACAAAUGACAUAAAGAUGGGUAAAACACCGUCAGCUAGAUAUCUUACCUCGCAAAAUGCUACUUUAAAAUUAUUUCUGUCAGCAGCAAUUAUUGUUGUAUUCAUGCAACACAUGUAACCAUUUGAAGAAUUCAAUUUUGAACUUUGUAUGGACUGUUGUUCUGAAGCUUUUUAUCUCUUAAAGCUUCAGUCUUGACUAGAAUUUUUUGAAAGUAUUAGUUUUUGAGCAGAGCUGAAAGAAAAAGAAAAGUCACUGUGAAACUUUAAAUGGAAAAGAUUAUUUAAAAAAUAAAUUAAACAUCAUUCCCUGUAAAUCAAAAAUGAGCAAAAAUAAUGUAAAAUUUGGUUUUCCCUACAUUGGUCCAGUACACAUUAUUUAGCCUUCUUUACUGCUUUUUAUAAGCUAGGCAGGGUGAUUGAGGCCUGAUGAAGUGGAUUUUGUAAAGGGAAUCUACAAUCCUGGCCUAAAGGGUUUGGGACACCUCCCCUUUUUCAGUUGGUUUUGUAUGGAAUUUGCAGCUAACCUGCGAUACACACUCAUAAACACGGCCUUAACAAGAUUUUUCCCCACCCCCCCUAAACAAAGUUGAGGUCCAUAAAGUGUACAAGAUAUAUAAAACGUGUUUGACUUGUAACACCCAACACUGUUCAGGAGGGGAGGGGGGUCAACAUGAAUUACAUUUUCCUCACCUAAAACGUAAAGUGUCCCAAACGUUUUGACCAGGAUUGUCCGCGCUACAAAGCUAUCUUCUUACUUAAAAGAAAAGUAAAUAUAGAAAUAUUUUCUUGAAUACCAGAUGGCAUAAGAGCAAAACAGAGCAGAAACAUUCAAAACCACUCAAACCUCGUGUGUAGUAAAAAAAUGGUCAUUUGCGCCUUUUAUUUAGUACAUGGAAAUUACGAUGAACUGCUACAACUAAGAAAUAUGGUUGCUUUUAAUCACAAUGAUGAUUACAACAUGCAGACCACAGUCAAGUAAAACGACAUUGUCUAUAUUCCAGCACCCGUUACCUAGAAACUUUGGUAGCAAAGACAUUGAUUUCCAAAAGGAUUUUUCAUUCUUUAGGCGACAUGAGUCUUAGCAAAAGGCGGUGUCUGUGAGUCGAUCAAUCGAUCAGGCUAAAUGUCAGGUUAAUAUUUUACUUUACUGGCAAUUCUUCCAUUUCGGAAAAUAAAUACCACCGACAAUAUCCGGUGAAUUUGCCUCCCUGUCCAAGAUUUUUGGCCAAACUUACUCUGGACAAGAAAUAAGAACAUGAAACUUACCGCAAAAUAUUUGCUCAACUCAUUGUACAUCACGCACGCAACGUGACAUUCUUUAACAGUGCUCCAUGGGAACUUGUCCUUUUUUUAACUCUAAGCAACUUUAUGACGAUCAUUUAAGCACAUAACUUUGACGAGAAAGAUAUUUUCUUGUAAUCUUUGAAGAAACCUUCAUCUGACAAGGCGAGAAAGUUAGCAAAUGCACAGUGCUCCACUCAUCAUUUAUUAAGAGUUUAUUAUAGGAAAACGUUUUACUAACAGUUCAGUGGAGCAUUGUUCAAAAUCCAAAUGGAAGAUGUUUAUUUUACAGUACUUACCGCAGUUUCUAUAGUAUAAAUUGUUGCUUUUCUUAUGAGGAAACAAAAAUUUGAUAGAAACCUACUUUGGAGAAAAGGAAAAUAAUUUACAAGUGGAGAACUGUGGUGCGUGACUAUGGAGCAUCGCGUGCAUGGGAGCUCAGCAACUGAAAACAUGAAAACAAGGUUUCACAAUGAACUUUAUUCAAUGUAAUUGCAUCCCAAGACGUAACUUUCAGUAACAAGGUUUUUCAAGUUUACAACCAAUAUUCGAUUCAUACAUUUUUAGACGCAAUGAUUGAAUUAAUUUGAUGUACAAUGAGACGUCUGAGACCAAAAUGUAUUAAAUCAAAAAAUAUUUAGAAUUCGUUAAAGGAUAUGGUGUUACAUUUGAAUACGCAGGGCCUUGUCCUGUUAUAUCUUUUUAACAAUAUGAAAGAAAAUGUUUCAACAAGCUGUUUUUAAACAGUCUUUGAAGAGGAUUAUUUAGUGCAGCUCAGGGCUAGGGCAGAUAACUUAAAUGCCGAUGUAGCGGCUAAAUUCAACUUGGGAUGGAUCUUUAUCCGUAAAAAAGACGGUGUUAAUGUUCUGGCUCUUACAAAGCAACCUGGAAAUUUCUCUGUCAAAAAUAGAUGCGAAAAAUGCAUUGCUCGGAAAAUCACACCUUUGCUUUAAUCAAGAGCUACAAAAACAUACACUCUUUCCUCUCACUGGCUUGAAUUGACUCUGCAUGGACUCACGCUUUUGUUUCUUCUCACAGCACUGAUUUCCUGGUAGCUUCAUGGCUAGAUUUGUGGCUUCAUCUGAUAUUUUCCUUCUUGAGUUUGCCGUUUUCAUUGAAAAUCCCUAUCUUCUACCAGUCUACCUGCUUGAAUCAGACUUAAAGCCCGCUGAACUAUAGCCGAGAUAUAGCCCAGAUGGUGUCCCCGCCUGUCCUUUCUCGUAUCAUUUGGAUGAAAAAUUGGCCCUGUGGUGGUUUAUAAUACCAUUUAUACUGUGAAUACUGUGAUUUUACAUGGUAUCUACAGGUAUUUUAAGUGAAAAUGGGCCACUUGGAAUACUUUGUGGUAUAGUCAAAAUAAGAUUCACUACAGAUGCAGAUGCCGAAACCAAGAAAAAACCUCUAAUCCAUUCCAAAGUUAAGACUGUAGGCUGUGUGAGCCCCAGAACUUGUAAAUAUUCAUCCGAACAUGCUAAAAUUUCAACUCUUUGGACAUCUUUGUACUAGCCAAAUUUGAAAAAUGAAAACUAGUAACAUUUGGAAGUGAUUUCAGAAAAGCAACUUUUCGGACAAUCCUGGCCAAAAGGGUUUGGUAGGAUGGGGGUGGGGAGCAGGUAGAAAACUCCAACCAGAUUAAGGGAAAACAAUGCCUUUUGUGUAAUAAAGUCUGGUAGGUAUGUAAAUUUGGUGCUUAAGGAAAUUCUACCUGCCCUGAUUUGGAGGACUUGAGACGAGAUCCAUCAGAAAAUUAAGUAACUUCAAUUUUCAGUGGACAAAAACCUUGUACCAGAAUAAUUUAAACAAUAUUGCAUUCUUUUUUACAUUAUCCUCUUGAUUAUGUAUUGAUAUAUUGUUAAGACAAAAAUCACACGUCUCUUGUAGGACUGACCCUGCAUUGUAAAAUGCAACCUUUGUUUGCUUUGUUUUCUUUUCGUCUCAUUUCACACCAUGUAUUUUUAUAGUGAUCAUCUGGAGAGUGUACUUGUGAUCACACAUGCAUACAUUCUUUAUCUACAGAAAGGCAAAGAACUUAGAACUUAGUAAAAAUACUCCCAAAAAUAUGGAUUGCUAUAAUGCGUGUUCAUCUGCGUUAUGGAACAAGCAUGAGGUCAAGAUGGCUGGAUAUCGGUCAAGUCCUUUUUUGUGCUUUUAUGGACCAGGUUGAAGUUGAGGUCGAUUAAAAGGCAAAAAAUAUCAAGGUUAAUAUCCAGUCAAAUUGACUGAACAAACUUGGUCAAAGAUGGCCAAAAAGAGAACUUUGUUUUGCAAGACCAAUGCGGGAAAUCUUGAGUGGGCAAGAUCAGAUUAAAAGAUUCACUUCAUUUUGCUUGCUCGGGGAUUCAGAGGUAUCAGUUAGCAUUGUGCAAUCAACUAGGUACAUUUUUGUACCUUAAAAUGUUUCAUGACUUGAGUGUUGAAGACAGACUGAGGAAAUUUAUGAAUGAGGUCACUAUACUAGCAAUACGAGAGUGUGGUCUUAAGCUCCAGGGUGAUAAAAGAAUAUCAUGAAAGUGGAAACAUUACAUCUGUUCAAUAAUGGAUGAAUGCUGACCUUUUCAUUGAAAUCAGAGGGCUAUUAUUAAUUUGCUGUAUGCAUUGAACAAGGUCUGUUAACAUUAUCGUAUCACAAGUAUUUUAUUUUUGGUGCUACAGGGGUGCUAGGAACCAUAUCCCGCAUGGCAAAGAUGUGUGCCCUACGACUGACACCAACAAAGUUGUACUUUAUUCUGACUGAUAACACUGCUGCUGGAGGAGUGUCAAUAUGGUGUGAAUUAACACAGGUUAAUAGCUAUUGAUAAACUCUGUAUGUCAUUUUGUGAGUUACAGGGAUUUAUCUGAUCCUGUCCAACUUUGCUUACUUUAUGUUAAACUUUGUGAAAUUAGGAGGUCCAACCCCUUACCCUUAGGCUUAUAUUAUACAGCUAUUUCGAGAAAGGUUGUCGGGAAAAGUGCACGCAACAAUCCUGAAAUGCAUUGUGGGUGGUUUUGAGUUCUCUUUUUUUCAAAGAAAUUUGAAAGAAUUGGCACAAAAGGCCAUGGAAAUGUGUUUGCGAGUGCUAAAGGAAAGCAACAAAAGUAGGUUCGACAGCUACAGUUGUCGGGAACAGUGUAUUGAUCAUAUCCCAUAUUACCUUUUAUAAAAUAACUAAGAUAGUACGCGCGCUCUGAUUGGCCGAGAGAAGUGUUUGCAUGAGAAUAUGUAAACAUGGUUGUGGCAUCACAAUCACGCGCUAAUCAUGUAAGCACGAAUUUGAAAAAGUUUUCGAGUUCAAAACUCGACAAGUUUACUUUAUUUACCCAUUCCUUCGUCGGCUGAAACAUGGAAAAGCGUUACAAAGAAGGUGAGUCAAUUUUUCUUUGCUUAAGCCGGCAUUUUGAGUGAGAAAACUCCGUAUUUUGCAAAGCAUCUUUUUGCAAAACAAGAACUGAUUACGCAUGCAAGACUUCGUGAAAAGAGAUUUUGCGACUGGUAAGAAUUUCUCUUUUAAUUAGUGCCAUACAUAAAGUUUCGCGUUUUUUCUCGUGAAAGUUAUUUUAUAAAAGUAAUAGAAAACUUUUUCCUGUGUUUGCAUAACCUGAUAUAAACACUCGAGGCGUUGGGAGAAUUCUCGACGGUUAUGCAAACCCUCGACUUCGUCUCGGGUUUGCAUAACUGUCUCGAAUUCUCCCAACCCNGACAACCUUUCUCAAAAUAGCUGUAGACCAUUUUUGAGAGAAAAGGUACCCCUUUUUGUAUACCUUUCCGGUGAUUUUGUCACAAAUAGUUAUGGUGAGUCCUGGGACUCAUCUUGUGAAAAAAUCAUGAGUCCCAGUCCAGAAUCAUUGAGUCCCAGUUGUAACCACACAGUUAAUCUGAAAACAGACUCCUAACUUAGUAUUACACUUUACUGAAGUAAAAAUACACUCUUUCUUUUGUAAAGCACAACAAAGACCAAAAGAAAGACAGACCGUAAGCAUUGUUUAACAACAGCACAAGAACAGCCACAGAAAUCACACAAACAGGAUGUUCUACAAAAACAUCUUCAGAUUGAUCAAUCAAUCUUUGCGUCCUAUGGGACGCAUACCACAAGUAGAAUUUUAGUUUUCUGUCAAAUCUGUGGACUGCAUUUAGAUCUUCUUGCAUCCCAUCCACAUUGAUGUUGAACCCUUCCACCCACCCUACCCACAAUAACAGAAAAAAUAGCCAAUUUUAAGAACACAUUUGUUCUGCAAAUGUGUUAUAAAGUCUCCGCUGUCUACUCAGUAUUUUACUGCAGGCCUUUAAUCGUCAGUAUCCACAUUUAAAAUCUCCAGACUUAUCUCCACACAAAUUACCUUCAAUGAGGAAUCAGUGGGGAGAAUGUGCAGGGUUGUCAGAAAGUUUUGAAGUAGACGACUGAUUUGUUUAAGCAGCCAGUCGAGGGAUAUUUUAUUUAAUAAACGUCAUCUGUAAAAAAAAUGCCAAACGGAGUAGCUGGCCGAUACUAACGAAGUAGGCAGUGGUUUUUGCCAGCAGCUGUCUACUUUUGACAAUCCUGGAAUGUGAAAAAUGAUCAGAGCAUUUUUGAACCUUUCCUCUUGAUGAUGUAUUGGUAUUGUUGAGACGAAGUUACUGCUGGUCCCCCUUAACCCUUUAAGCCCCAAUAUCCACAUACAAAUUCUCCAAACUGAUCUCCAUACAUUUCCUUUAAGAAUUAGUUGAGAGAAUUUCAUAAAACAUCAAGGCAUUUUCUCUUUCGUGAUCAUUUUUUAUAUUCUCACAACCUUAUCUCUUGACAAUGUAUGGACAUUGUUAGGAGAAAAUUGCUGUUGGUCACUACUGGGACUUAAAGGGUUAAUACUUAAAGGGUUAAGUACCUCUCUCCUCCUCAGCAGAGGCCUCCUUGUGUUGUAGGGACCAAGGCUAUUUUUAUUGGGAUAUCCAGUGGGAGCCUCUGCAGAGGCGAGAGGUUGAGUAACUAACAGUUGGUCUUGCCAGGUUGAAAUGCAGGGUUACAUGUACCUUUUAGAAGUUUUUGUCUCAACAAAUUGAGCUACCCAGUCCAUAUAGCCUGAAUAUUUAAAUGAAACAUGCAUUUUUGGUAGUUCUUUAAUUGCUAUUAAUGAUUGGAUGUACAUUUGUGUUGGGGAACAGAAUGAAAAGUGCUCUGUCACUCAGGUAAUAAAGUUCAGGCUGUUUCUGCUCAGCAUGGUUCCCCGUUGUGUUUGACAAUGUUCUUAAUAUGUAAAUGAUUUUAAAGAAUGUUCUUCAUUUGUUUUUGAUUUCAGAGUAAUUUCUUUGAUGAGUAUCGCAUUGAAGGGAAAGAUGAAACCAACAACAUAUAUCUUGAGUUAAUGCCAGAAAAUCUCACAAGGGCAAUGAAAUCAGCUGCCAGUGCACAAGCAGUGAAAAUAAAGCUGGCAAAGAAACAUACCCCAUGCCUGACAUUUGAGAUUACUUUGGUAAGCUCCAUAAUACAUUGACAACUUGUAGUGUAUGACCAUCAUUGCAACAAUAAAUUUUGUUACAAAACUCAAAUGCUAGAUUCCGAGACAAAGAACUCAUUUUCAUUGUGACUGAUGUAUACGUUACAGGUCAAAAUUAAAUUCACGUUAAAAUUUUUUAACCUAGGUUGAUUCUAAUUUUCCUUUCACCGCUUUAUCUCCUAGCCCAAAUUCAAGAAUAAUCACGGUUAGGAGAUAUAGGAAAUUGAGAAUCAACCUAGGUUAAAAGAUUUUGACCUGGAAUAUAAUUUUUACCUGUAACCUACAUGUAUACAUGUGUACAUAAUGAGUGGGUUGUGUGCAAUAAGCCCCUUGCAGGUUUGCUGAACACAUUACCUAUCUCAAGUAACUUUUCAACUUGUUCAGUGGGGAAGGGUCUAGGCAUGUCAUCCUUUAACAAAAUCAUUAACUAAGACAUGUAAGAAGUGGCCCCAAUGAAGCAAAAUGUGAGUGCUGAUUGCUCAAAGGACAAGCUGGAAUUCAAGGUCUUUUUAGCCCUGUCAUGCCAAAGUUAAAGUGGGAUAUAUGACCCUAAAAAUUAUCACAGGUUGAAAGGCCAUAAAGUGAAUCGUGGAUUUAACAAUUUUUAAGUUGUAAAACUCGUGAUAAUUAGUUAUUUUAUGGUGGUUUUAAUAAAGGAGAAAAAUACCAUAAUAUGUUACUUUGAAAAAAGUGACAGGACUGCAUACCCUGAAAUCAAGAAACUUUACCAUACAAAACAUUAUACAUGUAGCUAAUUGCAACAUUUAUGAAAAUGAUUUUAGACAGUCACCUGAAAAUUGGCUUUCUAAAGUAAAUGCAAGCUGUUAUAAAACCGGCAUUGCAAUUCGACAGCUAUUCAUUUAGUGUACUUGUACAUACAGUAAUUGGAUGCCGAUAAGGCUGUCAAUAAAAUGCAAGUAGAUUACUUACUGACAACCAUGAAUUUGAAGUAAUACAAAAUGAAAGUGGUCUAAAAAGACUAGUGUAAUUUGAGUCAGGGGACUAUGAAAAGAAUAAGGUCCUUACUGACUGUUGAUCGUAUUUGAAAUUCUCUUUUUGUUUCACAGGGAAGAAACAUUUAGUCUUCUAGGAGAAUCUAGCCAAGUAGAAAGCACACUAUCAUUUGACAGUAGAUAUUUUAACUACCCUCAUGUUUCUGACUUGAUUGUUAUUUUUCAGCCAUCCCUUACCAGUCACACAAGAAGUGUGGUACAUGAUGUACCAGUUGGUGUUAUUCCUCAGAGGAACUGGGAAGAAUAUGAAGAACCAUCCAUGCCUGAUUUUGAUGUGAGUAUUCAGUAUCGCAUCUUUGAGUUGGCUCCAUGACGACUCCAUGAUUAUUUUAGGCUCUCACACAAGAAAUAGUGUUGCUAGGUUUCACCAUUUCCCUUCCUUUAGCCUGCAUGGCAGGUGCAAAAAUGGGGAUGGGGAGGUUUGGGAGGGAAAGAAAAGCAUGAAUGGGUAAAGUACUUUCCUUUCCUACCUCCCCCUCCGAUGACCCCCCUGCAACACAGGAUACCCUCCCUAUAGAGGGCUUUAUUACCAGUCAUUUUGUAUUCCUGUGUUCCUUUGUGCAUAGUGUGUGGUCAAAGAAGAAGUGUAUACAAGCAAUAAAAUUUCCCUGUGUUAAAUGCUAAGCAAUAAACAGUGCUACGCAACAGUGCAACCAAAGAGGUUUUAUUUGUUCUUUGUUUUUCUCACUGUUAUGCUUACUCAGUGUUUGUUGUUUUUUAGGUAAGCAUCUACAUGCCAUCAAUGAAAGUGGUAAAAAAUGUAACUGAGAGAAUGAAGAACCUCAGCAAUUUUCUGGUCAGCGUUUGUANUAAGCAAUAAACAGUACUAUGCAACAGUGCAACCAAAGAGGUUUUAUUUGUUCUUUGUUUUUUCUCACUGUUAUGCUUACUCAGUGUUUGUUGUUUUUUAGGUAAGCAUCUACAUGCCAUCAAUGAAAGUGGUAAAAAAUGUAACUGAGAGAAUGAAGAACCUCAGCAAUUUUCUGGUCAGCGUUUGUAUUUCUUACUGACUUGUAUCAAUUUAUAACUGCUCUUAAUUUAUAAUUUACCCUACUUUUUUCCUUACGCGUACCGCAAUAAUCCUACCCUCCAAAUAGAAUUUGCUCAAUUGUUUUAAAACUGUUUUUCAUUGGUAGAUACUGUCCGCCAAUCAGAAUGGUUAUAUGACUCUUGGAAUUGAGACUGACUCGGUAACAGUUAAGACCCAUUUCAAGCACCUGGACACGCCUACUUGGGGUAUGUUGCAGAAAAAAACUUAAUCUAUUUGGAAUUGUGUACCUUUAAUUAAUAUUAUGAGGUCACCGUUGGGGGCUUAUACCCGCGUAUUACAGUUUAACCGCUUCAUACAGGUUUGAUAAACUUAAGAGUUAUCCAAGAAAAUGAAAAUGGUGAAAGAGCGAAAUAUCUAUCUCAUGAUAAAUUGACUUCCAUUUGUUUCUACCUCUGCUUGUGAAACGUAGGGAAGAAAAAGAAAAUUAAAUGCCGUACACCGUGCAAGUGAAGGCAUAAAAAAUAACUCUUUGAGACCUCGGAAGAGGUGACCGCGACCGCUUAAUACAGAUCAUUUUUACUGUAAUAAAGGGAAGUAAUUCAGGUGUCGAGACUUGGCAAAUGACCGCUUGAUACAGGAUUGACUGUAGUAUUUAUCUAAUUGUCUCGAUUAAUGACUACCACACAGGCUAUCCGAACGUCACUCACCUUCCUUCAGAAAUGACCGUUUUUUGUCUGAGGCGGUAGAGUCGUCUUGUUUAAAAACGGUACUGACAGUCUACACGUAUCCGUUUUUGCUGGAACACGGAGAUUUUUCUCUCCAGUUUGGCCUUCCGUCCACACGUAUCUAUUGAAAACGGUCACCGAAAACGUAUCUUUUAAAAACUGCUCUCGAGAGAGAAAAUUUUUGAAAACGCCGUUUGCUGUUCGAUGUGGAUGGGUGAAAACAAAGGGUUUGUGAAAACGGUUGCAUGUACGUCACAGUGUUGGAUACCAGUAAAUGCGCAUGCUCCAGUCAAAGAUUGUACCGAACCGUUUUUCAUUCAUUAUUGCGUUUUCGUGUGGACGAGCGAAAAUGAUAAAAAAAACGCAACAUGUAGACGCAGAGGUUUGGAAGGCGGAAAAAAGUGUCCGUUUUCAAAAAUACGGAUACUUUAUAUUCAAAGAAAUGGACGCAAAAUGAAAAAAAAACCGUGUAAUAAGAAGCUAGAGGUUGCUACUGUAUGUUACAUUUUGUGUAUAUUUGGUGGGGAAAUUUUUACUUUAAACGUAUUAUACGUUGCUGGGAAACUGCCUACCUACACCUCCCCUAAGCCAACAUUUUAAAACACUUACUUCUUACUUAGCUUAGGGCAAAAUUUUGGCUUAGGGGAGGGGUAGGUGGGCAGUUUCCCAGAAACUUAUAAUGAUCCUAAUGUGUUAGGAAAAAGUCAGGGAAUAUUUUGAAACUGAUACCUUUGGUACCCGUGGAAUAAAAGUCUUAAGGGGCCUGCCAUAGUCGUCCCGGCCAGACCAGUUCCCAAGUUCGCACAAAGAAUUCCACUGUUAACAGGGGCACCCAACGAGAAUAUAGUUCAAAACCACUUAAACAUAGCAUUGUUGAACGUAUGUUAGUAUAUAAACGGUAGACAUAGGCAUAUUUUUUAUCCCCUAAACAUUUUUCAUCUGUUCGGAUUUCGUAGCUGAAAGUCUAGUGAUCCGAAAAUUAUAGAAAUCAAAACUUACUUUUUCGAAAUUUUCAGCAAGAAAAAAGGCUCCCAAAAAUUCUAGGUGACCGUUUUAAGAGUUAAAAUCCGUUAAAAAUCGGCAAUUAUACCAUUUUUCAGAUGUUCGAAAAUCCUAGGAGAGGCAGGCAAGCAAGAAAUUUUACAACAAAUGUUCCGAAAAUUCUAGAUCUCUAAUCGUCUUCCGAACAGAUAUUUUCCGAAAAUGGACGUUGGGUGCCCCUGUGUUAAGACAGAUCAGCCAGAUCAAACUCUUCUUAAAUCAGACGCAAAGCAGUAGAAGAACUUUAACGCUCUAAAAUGCCCAUUUCGUUGUCAAAAUAAAGGUCCGAUCAGCCAGUUCUGACCAGUUUUACUAGGCGCUCUUAGUAAAACUGACGGGCAACAAAAACGUUCAACUUGUUUUGCGACGUUGCUGAAAAACGAGUUGAAUAGCGGUGUUGCGCGUUUUACCACCCACGUUCAAACUGUAAAUUGUAAAUAUCUUAUUAUCCACUCCCCUCAGGGCUUUUCAGGGAUAAUUUACAACACUGGUUGGGGGACUUUUGCCAGACUGCUUAAGGCGCAGUUUACAAGUAAUGAAGGAAUGAGUAAUGAUGCCCCCAUACAUGAGUGUGAAAGUGAGAUAGACCACUACACCGGGCACUACGUGUCUUAAUCUUUACGAAGAGUGUGUGGGUUCUUUAACGUCCCACAGAUUUAUUACAUGUGCAAGGGCUUGUGAGACGAGGCCUACGGUUUAUCGUCCUUAUCCGAGAAGAAACCUGGUAACAACCUGAUUUGUUGCCAGACAGGUUUGAUGUGGAUGGUAAAACGCGCAACAUCGCUCUUCAACUCAUUUUGUAGCAAUGUUGAAAAACAAGUUGCAUGUUUUUUGUUGCCCGUUUUACUGUACCUUAGUGGAGGUAACUUUAUUUGCCAGUGAUUUAUUGUUUAUUUGAAUUAAUUUUGUAGAAGGCGAUUCUUCGCAACACCACAACCGUGAUCCUGACAAGAUGGCAGAGGCUAGAGUCGACAUAAAAAAGUUGGCGACUUUUCUUCACGGGCAGCAAGUUAACCCAAGUAAAGUCAUAUGCAGUAAGUAUAUAAUAUUUUUUCCACCAUUGAAUGCCGUGGUUACGUUUACAACUCGAACUUCCACUCUGUAGGUUUCUAUCAUUAAGGGCGGAUUUCCAUUUUCGCGUAAAAUUUACGUACGUAAAUAAAAUUGAGGCAAUGUAUGAAAGGUUGCGCCUGAACGACAAAGUUGAGCGAGGUUCAUCUUUGACGUUUACGUGCGACUCUUCAUACAUUGCCGCAAAAUUUAGUGCGUACGUAUGUUAAAAUUACGCGACAGUGGAAAUCCGCCUUUACUGUCAAGCCAGUUCGGAUCUGUACGGCCAGGUCUUGCUGUCACGCAGUCGUGGAUUCUGUUAGGUUUAAGCCUUACUGUCACGUUACCUCGUUCCCAGGUCCUAAUAGGUUAAUAAUUAUUUAUCUGUGCUUAUAAUUUUUAUAGAAGCUUCACAUAUUUGUCAUUCUAUUGGUUCCAUUGAAUAUCUGACAGUGAAAAUUUAAAUUUUGUUUUUGUCGGUAAUUUUUUUUUUCAGAUAUCGUCCAUGGGAAAGCUGUUCAGUUCCUCUUGCUUCAUGAAGACCUUUCCCUUCAAUAUCUCAUUCCAGCUGUUUCUCUUUGA